GAAAAAAAAAAGAAAAAAAAGGCUGAGGGCCCAGGGGGCGGGGAAGGGGGGCCGGGCCUGAAUCCGGCGGGGAGGCCGAGCCUGAGGCCGGACUGCUGUAGAUCCCGGGGACCGCGGAUUGAACGGCGGCGGCGGCGGCAGCGCGCAGCGAACGUAGGCGGCGGGUGCAAAGCAGGGGGGACCCGGCGGCACUCGGGGGCGCCAUGGCGUCUGUGCAAGCCUCCCGCCGCCAGUGGUGUUAUCUGUGCGACCUGCCCAAGAUGCCGUGGGCCAUGGUGUGGGACUUCAGCGAGGCCGUGUGCCGCGGAUGCGUGAAUUUCGAGGGCGCGGACCGCAUCGAGCUGCUCAUCGACGCCGCCCGCCAGCUCAAGCGCAGCCACGUGCUCCCUGAGGGCCGCUCGCCGGGACCCCCGGCUCUCAAGCAUCCGACCAACAAGGACCUGGCGGCCGCGGGUUCCCAGGGCCCGCAGUUGCCACCCCCGCAAGCCCAGGCCCAGCCGUCGGGGACCGGAGGCGGAGUCUCAGCCCCGGACCGCUAUGACAGGGCCACCUCCUCCAGUCGCCUUGCACUGCCCUCGCCUGCUUUGGAAUACACCCUGGGGUCCCGCCUGGCCAACGGGCUGGGCCGCGAGGAGGCCGUGGCGGAAGGGGCGCGCAGGGCUUUGCUUGGCUCUAUGCCCAGUUUGAUGCCCCCCGGGCUGCUGGCAGCUGCAGUGUCUGGCCUUGGAGGCCGAGCCCUGACGCUGGCACCCGGCUUAAGUCCUGCCCGUCCACUUUUCGGCUCGGAUUUCGAGAAGGAGAAACAGCAGAGGAAUGCGGACUGUUUGGCAGAACUGAACGAAGCCAUGCGGGGCCGGGCAGAGGAGUGGCAUGGGCGUCCCAAAGCUGUGCGUGAACAGCUACUGGCUCUUUCCGCCUGUGCACCCUUCAACGUCCGCUUCAAGAAGGAUCACGGGCUGGUUGGGAGGGUGUUUGCCUUCGAUGCGACUGCCCGCCCUCCAGGCUAUGAGUUUGAGCUCAAGCUCUUCACUGAAUACCCCUGUGGUUCUGGCAAUGUGUACGCGGGGGUCCUUGCUGUGGCUCGCCAAAUGUUUCAUGAUGCUCUUCGGGAGCCAGGCAAGGCCCUGGCCUCCUCUGGCUUCAAGUACCUCGAAUACGAACGCCGCCAUGGCUCAGGUGAAUGGCGCCAGUUGGGAGAGCUGCUCACUGAUGGAGUCCGCAGCUUCCGAGAGCCUGCACCUGCUGAGGCUCUGCCUCAGCAGUACCCAGAACCGGCCCCAGCAGCCCUAUGUGGCCCACCACCACGAGCCCCAUCCCGGAACCUGGCUCCCACGCCCCGCCGGCGCAAGGCAUCCCCAGAGCCCGAGGGCGAGGCCUCUGGUAAGAUGACCACCGAGGAGCAGCAGCAGCGGCACUGGGUGGCACCAGGUGGCCCGUACUCUGCAGAGACCCCUGGUGUGCCCUCACCCAUUGCUGCCCUGAAGAAUGUGGCAGAGGCCCUGGGCCACUCACCCAAGGACCCUGGUGGGGGUGGAGGCCCUGUGCGUGCAGGGGGUGCCAGCCCCGCAGCCUCCUCCACGACCCAACCACCAACUCAGCAUCGCCUGGUGGCUCGGAAUGGAGAGGCAGAAGUCAGUCCCACAGCCGGGGCUGAGGCUGUCAGUGGGGGUGGUAGCGGCACAGGGGCCACCCCUGGAGCCCCCUUAUGCUGUACCCUGUGCAGGGAGAGGCUGGAAGACACCCACUUCGUCCAGUGCCCCUCGGUGCCCGGACACAAGUUCUGCUUUCCUUGCUCCCGGGAGUUUAUCAAGGCACAGGGCCCGGCUGGAGAGGUGUACUGCCCCAGUGGAGACAAAUGUCCACUGGUGGGCUCCUCUGUCCCCUGGGCCUUCAUGCAAGGGGAGAUCGCUACCAUCCUUGCUGGAGACAUCAAGGUCAAGAAAGAACGGGACCCCUAGGCUACCACUCUCAACACCAGGCUAACUUUCCCCUCCCUACUUCCACCCCACCGCUGCUGCGGAUAAAUUAUUCCCUACCCCACCCAACCCAAUGCCACCCCAGUCUGUGUAUAUAACCCCUUCCUCUGCCCAGAUGGAUCCCCUGGGGUAGAUGCAUUGUGGGUGGGGGGGGAGAAAGCUUGUGGUUCCUGUCAGAGGGGGUGUUUGGAGUUCCUGGGCCCCUCCAAUUUCCCUCUCCCUUCCUUGGCUUGCCUUCCCUGCUGUUGGUAGUUGGGGGAGAGGUACCCUGCUUGUCCUUGAAAAGGGGGGGGGUCUCCUGAAAACCGCUCUUUAUAAACGAAGCAAAAGCAUUUUAUUGCCCCCCUCUCCUGCCCUUUUCCUCAUUCAAUAAACCGAAAGAUGGGUUUGGUUUUUUUUUC